AUGCUCGCGGCGGAGUCUCGAGAUGAUCUUCAGAAAAAAGUACAGUCUUGGAAAGAUCAGCUGCAGCAAUAUGGAUUGCGCCUCAACACAUCAAAAAUUGAGUACAUGGAGUGCGGACCAAGGAUAGAGGAUGGUUCAAUUCGUGUCAAUGGCACCGAAUUAAACAAGUUGAACUGUUUCAAGUACCUUGUAUCCAAAGUGACUUCCACAGGCGACAUUGAUCAAGAAGGUCGAGCACGUGUUAAUGCUGCAUGGAUGAAAUGGAAAAUGGCAACAGGGGUACUGUGCGACAAGAAAGUCCCUGUUCGACUGAAGUCGAAGAUCUACAGGACGGUUGUGCGUCCUGUUGCCCUUUACGGAUGCGAGUGCUGGCCGACGACGAAAGCCUUGGAAAGAGUGCUGCACGCUAUGGAGAUGCGGAUGUUAAGGUGGACAAUAGGUGUAACGCUAAAAGAGAAAGUAUCCAACGACACUGUGUGCUCCAUCUUCGGCGUCGUCCCGAUAACUGAGAAGAUGAAGGAGGCCCGACCGGUUCGGUCACGUCUUGCGGCGAGAGGAAGAUUCUGUGGCCCAAACCGCACUGAAGCUCGACGUUUCAGGAGUGAGGCCGCGUGGGAGGCCAAAGAUUCGCUGGUUAGACCGUGUGAAGCUGGAUAUGAUAGAUGCACGUUUGUGUACGGCUGA